AUGACCACAUACGACGCUCUACAACCGUCGAAACUCGGCACCAAAGAGCACUGGGACAAUGUCUAUCAGCAAGAACUUGAAAAUUUCGAAGAAAUCGGGGAUGAAGGGGAAAUCUGGUCAGCUGUUAUGCGUUCUUGGUUCCAUUUUGUGCCAUUGCUUAUGGGUGAAGUUAGGUUUGGGGAGGACAGCGUGGAGAAAAUGGUAGACUGGGUUUCCGAACAUGUUCCCCCCUCAAAUAACGCGUCAAUUCUUGAGGUAGGUAGUGGCAAUGGAACCCUGUUGUUCGGGCUUCUUGAGGCAAGCUACGACCCUGCGACACUAUACGGAAUCGAUUAUAGCGCAGGUGCAGUAAAACUGGCUGCUGGAAUUGCGGAAUCUAGGGGAGCUUCCAGAAUCACCUUCUCUGAAUGCGAUUUUCUGAACGAGGAUCCCAUUUUACCAAAGAAUGUGGAUAGUUCUGCUGAAGGGAUCCAAGUGUGGGACCUUCUGCUUGACAAGGGAACAUACGAUGCAAUUGCCUUGGGAGAAAAGAACGAACAGGGGUAUUCUCCCGCUGUAAAAUAUCCCAAUCGUGUCUCCCGUUUGUUGAAACCGGGGGGUUUCUUUUUGAUCACAUCGUGCAACUUCACCGAAGAGGAAUUGAAAGUCAACUUCUCCACUGAGGACACCGGUCUAAUCUAUCAGUAUGCAUAA